UUGACAGAGCUGAGAGCAGUCAGCGUGGAGGUUCUCGGCUCUCAGGACUCGGGCAGAACUCAGGAGAGGGACAGCUCCCUGACGGUGCGGAGCACACUCUGAAAAAAUGCCACGGUCCUUUCUAGUGAAGAGUAAGAAGGCGCACACCUACCACCAGCCCCGAGCACAGGGCGAUGACCUGGUCUGGCCUCCUGCCGUAAUUCCUGUGGCAAAGGAACAUACCCAGAGUGGCAGCCCUGUUCUCAGCACACUGCUUCCAAGCCAGACCUUGGACUGGAACGCAGUCAAACAGAAGCAGGAGAUGCUGCUGAACCAGAGCCUUCCCAAGAUGGCCUCAGCCCCAGAGGGGCCUCACGUGACAUCCCAACCCCAGGAUGGGGAAUCGCCACUCUCCGAGUCGCCCCCUUUCUAUAAGCCCAGCUUCUCUUGGGAUACGCUGGCCUCCUCCUACAGACACAGCUACCAACAGACCCCCUCCACCAUGCAGUCAGCUUUCCUGGAGCGCUCCGUGAGGCUGUACGGCAGCCCGCUCGUGCCCAGCGCCGAGUCCCCCUUGGACUUCAGCCUCCGUUAUUCUCCGGGCAUAGACACUUACCACUGUGUCAAGUGUAACAAGGUGUUCUCCACCCCUCAUGGGCUAGAAGUGCAUGUCCGCCGCUCUCACAGCGGAACCCGGCCCUUUGCCUGUGACAUCUGUGGCAAAACCUUUGGCCACGCUGUGAGUUUAGAGCAGCACACGCACGUGCAUUCCCAGGGUGUCCCAGCCAGGUCCAGUCCCGCGCCCAGCUUGGCUGUCCCGGGCCUCGAGGCCCCACCUGCACCUGACCCCCCAAGGCCUCGUUUCCCCCGGCAGGAGCGUAGCUUCGAGUGCCGGAUGUGUGGCAAAGCCUUCAAGCGCUCAUCCACCCUGUCCACCCACCUGCUCAUCCAUUCGGACACUCGGCCCUACCCCUGCCAGUUCUGUGGGAAACGCUUCCACCAGAAGUCGGACAUGAAGAAACACACCUACAUCCACACAGGUGAGAAGCCUCACAAGUGCCAGGUGUGUGGAAAAGCCUUCAGUCAAAGCUCCAACCUCAUCACCCACAGCCGCAAGCACACAGGCUUCAAGCCCUUCAGCUGUGAGCUGUGCACCAAGGGCUUCCAGCGCAAGGUGGACCUGCGACGUCACCGUGAGAGCCAACAUAACCUCAAGUGAGACUACUGGCCAGCCUGCCCCGGUAUGUCUCGCCUGAAGGCCAGUCUCAUGAUUCCAGUCCGGAUCCUCAGGCCACCUGGAAGCAGCCCCGCCCACGAGCCUCUCUGCUUCCUUCGAGACUGGGUGACCUCCACCAAGCCAUGCCUCUUCUCUGACUGCAGCGGGUGUAGGAGUCAACUCCGGCCUUUCGGAACUGAAGCAGUCACAGAUGUGCUCUGGUCACUGCCGCUGCCAGAGCAUAGAAAGAAGCAACAAAACUCCGUGGGCAGAGAUGGCAAAAACAGGCAAGAGCCAGGCUCCAAGAAGCCCUCUUGCUUGCUUCUCUGCGACUGGUGAAUGAAUUUUUAGGGAUUCUCUUUCUGCCUGCCAGUCAGAGUUGUCCCCUGCCCUAUAGGUCUGGCACCCCUCUGCUUUGGCUAGAUGUACUGGCUGUCCCUCACCUCUGACCACAUUCAUCUGCCCACUGGGAGUGGCUCCACGGGUGAGCCACCAGGCUGUGAAAGCAGGAAGCCUGCCCGCCCGUCGAUGUCAAUAAUAAAGAUGAAUUUGUUUGCGUG